AUCAGAGGAGGCACAAGGAGCUGCUUCGCCCACCACCCUCGCCCACCACCCGCUUCCCGGCCUUUCUGGAUGGAGGACUCUUGAGGAGGCCAGGAACCCGUUGAUCGGCUCCGGGGCUCCUGAAACCACUGAGGAAACCACGCUGCCUUGAAUAUGGGUGGGUGGGGGAAUUAUUCUGCCAUGCCACGUGGCUGUGGCCUGAUGCUGCGAGUCCCCCCCCCCAGGGCUUUUGCCCUGGCACAAUUCGCCCCCCCCUCACACCUCCCCCCCCCCAUUAACCUCUUUAGAUCUUCUCUCAGCAUCAUUUGCCUUUCAGCCCCAGCAAUAAAUAUCUGUCCCAAGCCUCCUUCCCCACAGACUUUCGUUGGGCUCAGACUCUGCCCUAUCACCACUCUCUUCCUGCAAUUGAAUCGGGAGGAAGCCCCCUCCUCCAUAAUUUAAUCUGCAGCUGCUUUGCCCCAGAGGGGGGGGGGCACUUCUGACUCCCAAUCUUCUGAAUGGGCCCGAAUGGGAGGAGAGGGAAGUCUAGCAGUAUGCAGAAAGUUUUGGACAGACACACACACACACCCCUCCCAGCUAGUAGGGCAGUCUAGCUGCCUCGAGGGUCUCCAGGUUGCACCCUGAGGGAAAGGGGGAGGGGGCUAGUUCAAAGGGAUGAGCUGUGCCGCCCUCCCAUCUGCUUUAAGGGACUGCAAGGCCCAAGCACCAAAUUCCCCCCUCUUGCCUUGUGUCUUUUCCCAGCCUUGCCUGGCCGGCUGCACUGGGGACUGAUUGAGGGGGGGGAGGCGUCUGCCAGCCCCUCUCCACCUUCACCAGAGAAUCACCCAGUUGGUGGCAUCUCGCACAGCCUUUGGGGGGGCCAGGUGUAGGCGUAGCAAAGCAGGUGUGCCCCCCCCCAGGUGCUCCCUUUCAGGAGCUCCCAUUUUCUCUCUCCUCCUUUUUGGGAAUUUUCUGAACUCAGCCUGUGAGCGGCUGGUGCAGCUUCGGAGGUUCAUGUGGCCCCUUUAUGGGGCUCCCAGGAAAGCAGCAGCAUGGCAAAUGUUGCCCCGGCUCAGCUGGAUAACCAGGAGGCCCAACAGCAACUCAGCCACACCCGAUGGGAAAGCACCGACCCCCACCAGCCCCGGCCGUGGGAGGAGGCCUCCUCGGGCACUGCCAAGCUCUUCGAGUGCUCACGGAUCAAGGCCCUCGCGGACGAGCGAGACGCAGUGCAGAAGAAGACUUUUACCAAGUGGAUCAACUCCCACCUGGGCCAGGUCUCCUGCCGAAUCGGUGACCUUUACACAGACCUGCGGGACGGAUACCUGCUGACCAAGCUGCUGGAAGUUUUGUCUGGGGAGCAGCUGCCCAAACCCACUCGGGGGAGAAUGCGGAUCCACUCCCUGGAAAACGUGGACAAGGCGCUGCAGUUCCUGAAGGAGCAGCGGGUUCACCUGGAGAACGUGGGUUCUCACGACAUUGUGGAUGGCAACCACCGCCUGACCCUGGGCCUCAUCUGGACCAUCAUCCUGAGAUUCCAGAUCCAGGUGAUCAAAAUUGAAACCGAAGACAGCCGAGAGACCCGCUCGGCCAAGGAUGCCCUCUUGCUCUGGUGCCAGAUGAAGACGGCAGGUUACCCCGAGGUUAACAUUCAGAACUUCACCACCAGCUGGCAGGACGGGCUGGCCUUCAGUGCUCUCAUUCACAAGCACAGGCCGGAUAUCAUUGACUUCAAGAAGCUGACCAAAUCCAACGCGGUGUACAACCUCCAGCAGGCCUUCAACACCGCCGAGCAGCAGCUGGGCCUGGCUAAACUUCUGGACCCCGAGGAUGUCAACGUGGAGCAUCCAGAUGAGAAGUCCGUUCUUACCUAUGUGGUUUCUUUUUACCACUACUUCUCCAAGAUGAAGGCGCUGGCCGUGGAGGGGAAGCGGAUAGGAAAGGUGUUGGAUCAAGUGCUGGAGAUCGAGAAGAUCAUAGAGCGAUAUGAGUCUCUGGCCAGCGAGUUACUGGAGUGGAUCGAGAUCACCAUCCCUUUCAUCACCAACCAGAAGUUUGCGAACUCUCUGUCGGGGGUCCAGCAGCAGCUGCAGGCCUUCACUGCCUUCUGCACCCUGGAGAAGCCCCUCAAGUUUCAGGAGAAGGGGAAUCUGGAGGUGUUGCUGUUCUCCAUCCAGAGCAAACUCCGGGCCAACAAUCGCAAACUCUACGUCCCCAAGGAGGGCAGGAGCAUCUCGGACAUCAACAAGGCCUGGACACGGCUGGAGAAGGCAGAGCACGAGCGGGAAGUGGCCCUUCGCGCUGAGCUCAUCCGUCAGGAGAAGUUGGAGCUGCUGGCCCAACGUUUUGACCACAAAGCCAUCAUGCGGGAAACCUGGCUGAAUGAGAACCAGCGGCUGGUCUCCCAGGACAACUUUGGGUGUGACCUGCCAGCCGUGGAGGCCGCCAUGAAGAAGCACGAGGCUAUCGAGGCAGAUAUCUCCUCCUACCAGGAACGCAUCCAGGUGGUGCUGGAACUGGCCCAGGAAGUGGAAUCCGAGGGCUACUACGACAGCAGGCGCAUCAUUGCCCAGAAGGACAACAUCUUGCGCCAGUGGAGACUUCUGACGGAGCUGGUCAGUGCUCGGCGCGCUCGCCUGGAACAGAACGUCGCCCUGCAGAAGAUCUUCCAGGAGAUGGUCUACAUGAUUGACUGGAUGGAGGACCUGCAGGCCCAGCUGGCAUCGAAGGAGUUCGGGAAGCACCUUCUGGAGGUGGAGGACCUGCUGCAGAAGCACAGCUUGCUGGAGGCCGACCUGUCUGCGCAGCACAGCCGGGUCCAGGCCCUCAAUGCUGCAGCCCUCAAGUUCUCGGAGCUGCAAGGCUAUCAGCCUUGCGACCCCCAGGUUAUUUGCAACCGCGUCAACCACGUCCAGGGCUGCCAGGAGCAGCUGGAGGAGCUGGCGUCCAAGCGACGGAAGGAGCUGGAGGCCUCCCGCCAACUGUGGUCCUUCCUGCAGGAGGUAGAGGAGGCCGAGGCCUGGGUGCGGGAGAAGGAGCGCAUCCUGUCGUCCUCCCAGAGCUUCGGCAAGGACCUGGACAGUGUGGCCAAGCUGCUGAGCAAGCACAACCUGCUCCUGAGCGAGCUGAGCGGCCGCCGCUCCCUGCUGCAGGCAGCCAUGCGGCAGGGUGAGCAGGCCUUGCUGCGGAAGCGCUUCAGCCUGGGCAACGUGCAGGAGAAGAUCCGGGACGUGCGCCUGCGCUGGAAGAAACUGGAGGGCCUGGCGGCUGCCCACCUGCAGAAGCUGCAAGGGGCCCUGAGCUUCCACCAGUUCAGUGCCGACACAGACGACCUGGUGGCCUGGCUGCAGGAUGCCUACCGCCUAGUCUCCACUGACGACUUUGGGCACGACGAGCACUCCACCCGCUCGCUGGUCAAGAAGCAGAAGGUGGUGAUGCAGGAGAUCGACAAGCACCGGGCGGCGGUCCUGGCCCUGCGGAAGCAGCUGGCUGCCCUGGCGCCCGAGUACCACGAGACCAUGGAGGUACAGAUCCGCAUUGUGGAAGUGGAGCAGCUGUACGAGGAGGUGGCCGAGGUGGCCGUGCUACGGUGCCAGUGGCUGCAGGAUGCCCUGGCUGUGUACCACCUCUUUGGUGAGGUGAACGCCUGUGAGAUCUGGCUUGAUGAGAAGGAGCAGUGGCUCAACCGGAUGGAAGUGCCCGAGAAGCUGGAGGACGUGGAGGCCGUCCAGCACCGGUUUGAAAGCCUCGACCAAGAGAUGAACAGCCUGAUGGGUCGCAUUCUGGAUGUCAACCAAAUUGUUCAGCAGCUGGUUGAUGGGGGCCACCCUAGUUCCUCUGAAGUCCGAUCCUGCCAGGAUCACCUCAACAGCAGGUGGAACCGAGUGGUGGAGGUGGUGGAGGAGAAGAAGAACCACCUCGGCUCCAUCUUGAAGAUCCAGAACUACCUGCUGGAGUGCAGCGAGAUCAAAUCUCAGAUCCAGGAGAAGCGCAAGGCCAUUGAGUCCACCCAGUACAACAGUGGCGACCUGGGCAGCGUCCUCUCGCUCCAGCGCCGCCUCUCCACCAUCGAAGCGGCCCUGGUGCUCCUGGAGCCCCGGCUGGUUGAGCUGCAGCAGGAGGGGGAGUCUUUGGCCACCACCCACCCUGCCCAGGCCAUGGAGGUCCUCAUGCAGUUCGAGGAGAUCAGCGAGGAGUGGGAGGCUUUGAAGAAGACGCUGCAGGGCUGCGAGGACUCGCUGACAGUGGCCAGCAGGCUGCAGCAGUUCAUCCAGGACCUGGACAGCUUCCUGACCUGGCUGGUGAAGACCCAGGCGGCCGUGGCCUCGCCCAGGGAGGAGCUGCCCGGGGACCUCUUGGAGGCCGAGCGGCUGCUGCACCACCACACUCUGGUCAAGGAGGAGAUCAGCCGCUACGAGGUGGAUUACGCCAAGAUCCAGGCCGUCAAUGAAGUGCUGGCGCUGGAGGAAGCUGAGCUGCCCUACCUGUCCCUCCAGCAGUGGCUGCAGAAGCUGGAGGUGGGCUGGAACAAGCUGCUGGAGAGCUGGGAGCACCGCCGGGAGGUUCUGGUGCAGGCGCACAUCUUCUUCCUCUUCCUGCGCGAUGCCAAGCAGGCCGAAGUGUGUCUCCACAACCAGGAAGCCACGCUGGCCCACACAGAGCUGCCCACGACAGUGGAAGGGGUGGAGAAGGCCAUCAAGAAGCAGAAGGAGUUCAUGACCACCAUGGAGCUCCAGAUGCAGAAGACCACGGUGGCUCUCAAGGCAGGCGAGAGCCUCAUUCGGCAGGGCAACCGCUAUAGUGAGCGGGUGAAGGACAAAAUGGAGACCCUCCGGGCAAAAAGUGGACAAAAUGUCCAGCUGGCCAACUUCUGGACUGCGCUCACUGGCCACCUGGAGCUGCAGCGCUUCCUGCAAAGCUGCCAUGAGCUGGAUGGCUGGGUGGCGGAGAAAAAGGCGCUGAUGGCCGGCGAGGCGCCGCGUGAAAAGGACGCGCCGUCAUGGAAGCAGCCGCCGCCGCCGCCGCCGACCCCCAAGCGAUGGCACCGGCACCGCGCCUUCAUGGCCGAGCUGGCGCAGAAUAAGCAGUGGCUGCACAAGAUCGAGAAGGAGGGGCAGCGGCUGAUGCAGGAGAAGCCGGAGUUAGCGGAAUCGGUGAGGAAGAAGCUGGGCCAGAUCCGGCAGUGCUGGGUAGAGCUGGAGGUCGGCCACCCAGGUGAAGGCCAUCAACUCCUGGAAGCCACCCAGGCCGACCAGAUAGUGCAGAGCUACGCGGAGCUGGACAAGCAGCUUCUGCACAUGGAGAGCCAGCUGCAGAUGGUGGAUGCGGGCCCGGACCUGGCCAGUGUGAACAGCAACCUCAAGAAGCUGCAGACCCUGGAGACUCAGGUGGAGGAGUGGUCCAAGGUGGGGGAGCUGCAGGCCCAGGUUGUCGCUCUGCCACUGGAGACGGCCGGCCAGGAGAUGGUUGAUGACAAGCAGAAGGUGGUGGGGGCACGAAUCGUGCGCCUCAUUGAGCUCCGGGAACGCCGAAGGAUCCUGCUGGCCUCCAAGGAGCUGCAUCAAAUCGGCCACGAUCUGGAGGACGAUCUGGUCUGGGUGCAGGACCGCCCUCCGCUGGCUCUGCUGAAAGACCGCGGGAGCAACCUGCAGAGCGUCCAGCAGCUGAUCAAGAAGAAACAGAACCUGCGCCGCGAGAUCCAGGUGCAACCCCGAGUGGACGAGGUGCUGGUGCGAGCUGGUGCCAUCGCCUCCAUCCAGAGCCCAGUGGACACAGUGCGGCUGCUCUGGGAGAAACUCUCGGAGCUGUGGGGGGCCCUGCAGGAGGAGACGGAGCAGCGGCAGCAGCUGCUGGACGCCACCUACCAAGUGGAGCAUUACUUGCUUCGACGUGGGGAGGUGGAAGCCUGGCUGAGUGAACAGGAACUCUUCAUGAUGAACGACGAGAAGGGCAAGGAUGAGCAGAGCACGCUGCAGCUCCUGAAGAAGCACCUGAUGACCGAGCAGACGGUGGAGAACUAUGCGGAGACCAUCGCCCAGCUGUCGCGGCAAUGCCGGUCCCUGCUGGAGUUGGGCCACGCAGACAGCGAGCAGGUCAGCAGGAGACAGUCCCAGGUGGACCGGCUCUACGUGUCCCUGAAGGCUGUGGAGGAGCGUAAAGCUAGCCUGGAGCAACAGUAUUGGCUUUACCAACUGCACCGCGAGGUGGACGAGAUGGAGCACUGGAUCGCUGAGAAGGAGGUGGUGGCUGGCUCGCCUGAACUGGGGCAGGACUACGAGCAUGUGACCUUGCUGCAGGAGAAGUUCACCGAGUUUGCCAGCGAUACUGGCAACCAUUGCAAUGAGAGGAUCUUGGCCAUCAACCAGAUGGUGGAUGAGGUGAUUGAGUACGGGCACGUGGAUGCUGCCACCAUUGCCGAGUGGAAGGACGGGGUGAACGAGGCCUGUGCAGACUUGCUGGAGCUGAUGGAGACCCGGGCGCAGAUGCUGGCUGCCUCCCACGAGUUGCACAAGUUCUUCAAUGACUGCAAGGACGUCCUGUCCCAAAUUGAGGAGAAGAGCGAGCGCCUGCCCGCGAUCGCAGCCCGGGAAUGCAAGACCUCCGCUGGGACUCUGCAAAGGAUGCUCAAGUUUGAGCACGACAUCCAGGUGCUGGUAGCCCAGGUACGGCAGCUGCAGUAGGAUGGUGGCAGCCCAACUGCAGACGGUGUAACCGCGGGUGAGAAUGCCGGCAUCGCCACCAAGGAGCAGGAACUGAUGCGUUCCUGGAAAGAGUUGCUGAGCUCGUGCGAAGAUUGCCGACUGCAGGUCACCACCACAGCCGAUAAGAUCCGCUUCCUGAACUUAGUGCGGGACCUCAUUUCCUGGAUGGACUCCUCCUCUUGCCAGGAUUGGUGCUGGCGAGAAGCCCGGGAUGCGUCCACUGUGGAGGUGCUGAUGAGGGACCACCAAGGCCUGAAGGGUGAACUUGAGGCUCGCAGCAAGUCCAUCUCCGCCUGUGUCGCUGGGCAAGACGCUGUUCUGAACAGAAGCCCAGCCUCCGAGGAGAUCAAGCUCCACCUGGAGAAGCUGAUGACCGAAGAAGAAGGAGAUGGUGACAAGUGGGAUCAACACUGGGUAUGGCUGCAGCAAAUGCUGGAGGUGCACCAGUUUGCCCAGGAGGCUGUCGUGGCGGAUGCCUGGCUGACCGCCCAGGAGCCCCUGCUGAGGAGCCGGGAGCUGGGCAACAGCGUGGAAGUGGAACAACUCAUCCGGCGCCACGAAGCCUUCCGAACGGCUGCCGCUUGGGAGGAGCGCUUCAGCUCCCUGAGACUCUCACCACCAAUUGAGAAACUGAAGGCCGAGCGCAAGCAGCCCCCCACUCCUCUUUUGGGCCGAAAGAUCUUCCCGGACCCUGCUGAGCUCAGCAACAAGGGUGCCUCCCUCCUGGGCCAGCCGCUCUUCGAGAAGGCCCACGUGCUGCUCAACGGACUGGAGCCAGAGCCCACCGAGGCCAAGAUGGCCUACGUCCGGCAGGAGUUGAAACCGGAGCGGCUGCAGCCCAGGAUUGACCGCCUAAAGAGUGCCUGGGGGCUGCAGUUGGAAGCCAAAGUCCAGAGGAAAGCAGGCGAGGCCACCGCGGCUGCCGAGGAAGCCUCAGGGCGGGCACCCUUGAGCCGAACUCCAGGGUCCUUCCUAGAGCAGGGGGAAGCCAAGGUAAGCCGGUCGGAUAGGCGGGAGCGUCAAGAAUCCCGGCGGCCGCUGGAGCGGCACGAGUCCAUCGAGCAGACCACGGCACCCCGGCACGAGCCAGCCGAGCGCAGGAGGGAGAGACGGGACCGAAGGGCAGAGCGACGGUAGUCCAGUGAGCAGGAGGCUCCCCACAACGGACCCCAAAGCAGCAAAGCCACCCUGGCUGACAUUGUGGAGCAGCUGCAGGAGAAGGAAGCGGAGCCCCUGCCACGGUAGUACCCUCCCCCCCUGCAGCCUCGGGAAAGAGAGUCUCCUGCUCGCCUUCCCAACGGGCUGGAUGCCCCAGAUAGGACGCCGCGGCCGGACCGGCCCACGUGCGCUACCAGACCCAAACCUCGGCGGAGGCCCCGUCCCAAAGACUCCAACCUGCCACCAGGUGAAGCCGGCGUUCUUCGCUCUGCCCCUGCCCAGAGCAGUGCCCCACCCCCACCGCCCCCCACCCACACCAUCCGCAGGAGGCUACCUUCUCCGCAAGCUCGAGCGGAGGGGCCAAGCAAGAAAGCUGCCAACAGAUCCUGGAUCAACCUCUACCUGCUCCUCAGCAAAGGGGCGGGCUUCUACAAGGACUCCAAGGGCCGGGAAUCUGGGAGGCACCCACGGCAACGAGCCCCUGCUGAGCUGCAGACGGGCACCGCGGAAGUGGCCAACGACUACAAGAAGAAGAAGAACGUGCUGAAGAUCAAAAUUAACGACGGGGUCGAAUUCCUCCUGCAAGCCAAGGAUGAGGAGGACAUGAAGACCUGGCUGACGGCUUUGAGUUCGUCCAUUGCGGAGCACGGGGAGAUUGCCCGCUGGGGCCAGGCACUGCUCACCACCUCCUCCACAGACGAAGGCCUCCCCAAGCGGGACACGGACAGAAGGGCCGCACAUCUGGCAGAAGAAAUGAGGCAGAUUGCCCACCGUCCCCCACCCCUGGGCUGGGAAGGACAGGCAGGCAGGAGGCCAAAGCAGCUUGGCGUGUGAGAGACUCAGGGGUGGCUGAGGGGCUGCCCAGCAGGAGGGGCAAGCGGGCGGGGGCACGACUUCUCCGUGAAGCAGAGCUGGACC